AUGCGGAAAGCGUUACUGAUUCUGAGUCCAAUGGUGAGAAAGAUGGUACCAGCACCAGCCAGAUCCCCUCCUCCUCCUCCCGUCACAGCGAAGGCACCACCGCUUCAAUCGAUCUGUCCAAAGGCAUUGAGCCCACCCGAAGAAAAGAACUCAUUCAUGCCUACCGUAAGUCUCCACACUGAAAUCCAUGAUGAGCGCGAAGGACUCUUACCCGGCCCACAGCAAAGCAGAACAGCCUCAGGACAAGCUCGCUCGUCAAGGAAGGAGGGACGGAGGACACUCCAGGACGAAGAGGUCUGGUGGACCUCGGUCGGGGUCACCAGAACAUGGACGUUCUGA